AUGGUGCAACGUGGUGUGGCAGCUUUAGAUAUAUAUGUCAAACUCUUUCAAAUACCAGUAACAAAUGUAACGGUGACCUCGGGUUUGUACAAAAAAGCCAAUGGUUUUCGACCAUUUUUGUACAACACUACCACAAACUUUUGUGAGUUUAUGAAAAAUAAAAGAAAAUAUCCUUUUUUCAAUAUAAUUGUGGAUAUGUUUAACAAAGAUUCGAAUAUAAAUCACAGUUGUCCUUAUAAUCAUGACAUUAUUUUGCGUAAUGUAAUUUUAAAGGAUUCCAUGUUUAAACAUUUGCCACUGCCGGGAGGUGAAUAUAUGAUCAAUAUGACGGUAUACGCCUAUAACGAUCCGAAGGUUGUUGUAAAUGCUUAUUUUCAACAGUUGGAAAGCAUGUAA